AUGGCAAGCCUGAGCAACCGAAAGAUUGAAGAGCACAAUGCCGGGACCCAAAGUGAAAGCUCUAGCGAGCGAUCCAAUGUCGAGUCCUCAGACGAGUUCGAGAACUACCCAGGCAGGAAGCAGCAGCAUGCCAUGAGGGACGGAUCGUGCCUUCGAAGGGCAGCUGGUCGUGGCUCAUUUGCUCGCUUUGAAACGCAUGUAGAACCAAACCCUAUACGAUGCGUCGGCCAAGCUUCAAAGACCAGCUGCUAUAUAGCCUCCAAAACGUACGUUCCGCCACAGGAAGCAGCAGCAUGCCAUGAGGGACGGAUCGUGCCUUCGGCUGGUGCCAGCUACAAAUCCGAGGUGCUGUCACUUCGUGAACUGCCUGCCAAUGAAGGCGAACAGGCCGCGAACCAAACCCUAUACGAGUCGUCGGCCAAGCUUCACAGGCCAGCUGCAAGCCUCCAAAACGUACGUGGUGCCAGCUACAAAUACGACGCGCCGUCAGCUCGUGAACUGCCUGCCAAUGAAGGAGAACAGGCCGCUGAUGAUGCUUCGCUGUCUCGAGGACGUUUGCCUUGCAAUUUCUGUUUGUUUUUCAGAUCGCCCUACGGGUGCCUGAAAGGGAGUGAAUGCUCUUUCUGCCAUCACUCCCCAAAUGAGCAGGGUGGCCCUCAAGUAGCUAGACCCCGGAAGCUCAGACGUGAUCGGUGCAAGAGCAAAGUGCAGCAGCUGCUGGAGACGUUGACAGCCGAGCAGGGACCAGAUGAAGUCAUCAACGCUAUCCAAGCGGAGGCACAGAGAAACAAAUACUCCCGGACUCUGUGCCAAAACUUGCUAGACGACUGGCUUUCACAGAAUGGUGAUGCUCGCACCUGUUUAGCAGGAAGCACUGCUGCACGAACAGCAAGGGAACCUGAACAACAAGAUCAUAGCUGCCGUGCAAC